AUGUCCAACUUAGAUUUCUGCACCAUUUACACAACAACAGGGCAGAUUGACCAGCUUACUUAUGCGCAGAAGGCGGCAGACUCUGGAGACACCUGUGUUGGGAUGAAGAGCAAACAUGGCGUGGUCUUGUUAGCAGCAAAGCCUCGAAUUUCACCUCUCUAUGUGGCAGAAUCUGAUGAAAAGAUAAGAAGGGCCGGAAACUCUGUUGCCGUGGCAUGCACAGGAAUAGCAUCUGAUAUGUUCUACGUUGGAUAUGCCAUUAAGGACCAUGUAUUUCAUCACAAAGAGAACUUUAACGAGGAUCCAACACCUGAGAUAAUGAAGGUUUAUUUAAAUGACAUAUUCCACUACUUCACUAGAAGCAUCAAUCUCAGGGUUCUGGGGGUGAACUCCCUAACAAGCGUGUACAAGGAGGGUAGGUUUUCACUACUGCACACAGACUGCUCUGGAAAGACACUCUUCUAUAAGGCUGCUUGCAUAGGAAGAGGAACAAGAAGAAUCAAAACAGAGCUUGAAAAACUGGAUAUUGACAACAUGACUGUUGAGGAAAUGGUUGAUGCCGGUGUAAAGGUGUUGUACAUGGCCCACGAUCCCUCCAAGGACAAGGAGUUUGACAUCGAAAUCGGGGUUGUAUCUGCAGAAACAGACGGAAAGAUGAGAAAGCUCAGGAGUAGCGAAGUACAAGCAUUUGUCGAUAAGUAUAAGCAUAUCACCAUUGACGAGGAUUAG